AUGUCGGAGAAUGAAAUACUACGAAAUCAAGCAUCAUCGCUGCCGAUGCUGAUACCACCGCUGCUCCUGUCGUCACAAGACCUGUUGCAACAACAACAACAGUUACCACAACCACAAGCUGAUGCUGCUACUACAAUACACGACUCAAGUUCAUCAAGACUAUCACAAGGAAUAAGGAGUUUGUUCUAUACUCGAGCAAGCACUCAAAAUCGGUACAAUAAUGACAAAGAUGAUGUGAAUGAUACCAUUCCUCUUCCUGGCCACUACUCAAACGACCAAUCAACACCCAUCAAAAGCAUCAAAGUCAUUGAUAAACAGAGUCUUCAUUACGUGAUUCUUUCAGGGAUGGCAGGUGGUGUUGCUGGAUCAGCUGCCAAGACAUUAGUAGCCCCAUUAGACCGUAUCAAGAUUUUGUUCCAAACAUCAAACCCGGAAUUUCUCAAGUAUAGAGGCACGUUCCAUGGUCUUGUCUUGGCCGGUAAACGAAUUUGGUCGAGUGAUGGGAUCUGGGGGUUAUAUCAGGGCCAUUCAAUUACAUUGUUGCGAAUUUUUCCCUAUGCCUCGAUUAAAUUUGUUGCUUAUGAGCAAAUUAGAACCAUUUUGAUCCCUAGCGAUGCAUAUGAAACGGCCGGCAGACGAUUUUUGGCGGGGUCGUUAUCUGGAUUGGCUUCGGUCUUUUUCACUUAUCCUUUGGAUUUAGUUCGUGUACGAUUAGCAUUUGAAACCAAGAACCUUGCCCAUAUGAAGUCGCAUCCGCAACACCAGCAGUUUAUGCAGAACCAUCGCGGAAGAAUAUUCCAAACGGUUCGAAUUAUUUAUAAUGAAAAUCCACCAAUGAGAUCUAAUGACCCCAAGUGGCUAACCAUGAUGAGACGAGUAUUGCCCUACAAUAUUCAACGCAUCAGUAAUUUUUAUCGAGGAUUUGCCCCUACUAUAAUGGGAAUGAUUCCAUAUGCUGGUGUAUCCUUUUAUGCACAUGAUUUGUUACACGAUAUUUUACGAUCAAAACCAUUGCAUGAAUUCACCGUACAACCAGCAACUAAAUCAUCUACAUCGACAUCAGUCAAGACUAAAUCCUCAAGAGAAUCACGCCCACCGUUGAAAGCAUAUGCCCAACUUGUCGCUGGAGGUAUUUCGGGAUUGUGCUCACAAACAGCAGCGUAUCCAUUUGAAGUCAUACGAAGAAGAAUGCAAGUUGGCGGUGCUGUUGGUGGCGGCCAGUUUUUGUCAUUUAAAAACACGGCGCGGUUGAUUUAUCACGAAAAUGGAUUCAAGGGAUACUUCGUAGGAUUGAGUAUUGGAUAUAUGAAAGUUGUACCUAUGUUUGCUUGUUCAUUCUUUGUUUAUGAACGAAUGAAGAAAUUUUUGGGUAUAUAG